GACGUCACUGCAAAUAAUCACGGAAGUGAAUAGGUCGACGAAACAGACGGAAACAUAAAUAAGUUGAUACGAACGUCUGACUUUAAUCUGCCGAUAGUUUGUCAACAUGCUAGGCGGAGGUUUUAAAGCUGAGCGACUAAGAGUCAACCUUCGGCUGGUGAUAAAUAGACUCAAACUCCUUGAGAAAAAGAAAACUGAGCUCGCUCAAAAGGCAAGGAAGGAGAUUGCAGACUACCUGUCAUCAGGUAAGGAUGAGCGGGCCCGGAUCCGUGUGGAGCACAUCAUCAGAGAGGACUAUCUGGUAGAGGCCAUGGAGAUCCUGGAGCUUUACUGUGACUUGCUGCUGGCUCGCUUUGGCCUUAUCCAGUCUAUGAAGGAGCUUGAUCCAGGCUUGCAAGAGGCUGUGUCCACACUCAUCUGGGCAGCACCUCGUCUCCAGUCAGAGGUGUCUGAGCUAAAGAUUGUAUCUGAACAGCUGUGUGCCAAAUAUAGCAAGGAGUAUGGCAAGCUAUGCAGGACAAAUCAGAUUGGCACAGUCAAUGACAGGCUUAUGCACAAACUGAGCGUGGAGGCACCUCCCAAGAUCCUUGUGGAACGCUAUCUCAUUGAGAUCGCCAAGAACUAUAAUGUUCCGUAUGAACCAGAUGCCAUGGUCCGGCCUGAGGUGUGUCCCGGAGAGGAGGCAGACCUGAUUGACGUGGACAAUAAGAGGUCUGGUGGAGGUGGAGGUGGUGGUGGUGGAGGAGGCUUCACUGCUCCUGCAGCAGCAAUGCCCAUGCCCAUGCCUAUGCCCAUGCCCAUGCCCAUGCCAGCAGCUUUCAACUAUCCACCUCCCAAAGGAGCUGAACCAUUCGGUGCCCCAGUUGGAAAUUACAACAGCUUCCAGCCCCCCAUGGGAGGAGGGCAGCCCCCACAGUUGCCCACCUCUCCCCCCACAUAUGAGUCUAUUGAUGACCUUAAUGACAAACCGUUUGUUCCUUCCCAGGCUGUCGGCCCUGGUCCUUCAGCCCACUUCUUUGACAGCAAUGCUCUACCAGAACUCCCUUCUGUUCCCGACACGCUCCCCGCAUCCUCCUUUGGUGGAAACACCACCAACUCGGAUGACAUCGACUUUGACGAUUUGACGCGGCGGUUCGAAGAGCUGAAGAAGAAGACCUAAGUGUUCUAUCCCUGGUCUAAACACAUACAUGCACACAGAUAAACAGGCCUGUGUCGUGUCCUACACAGCUCAGAUCAGGAAAUGGGAAAUGUUUAAGUCUUUGAGUCAGCUUUAGGUAGUUCUCCUCCCCUUUCUGAUGGUCAUUUUACAGAGAUGUAAAAAAACAUAUAUUCUUACCUCAUUGAUGUAAAUAUGACCAACUUACAGUGGUUGUUAAUGGUCACUAAUAGACCCUCCUUUGGCAGAGUGCGGCACUUUGUUUUUUUUUUGUCUUUCUGAAACACAUUGUAAAAACUCCUGCGUAUAAUCACUCCUUUUUAUUCAAGAUCACUCUGGUUUUUAACAUUUCCCAUUCUUCUGUGUGAUCAACUACUUAAUGAGAUUUAGGUUUUAAUAUUAAUAUUCCUGGGGUUUGGGUUGUGACUAAUAUUUACUGUACAUGCCUUGAUUCUACUUUGCACAUGCUGGUGUCGCUGUGAUCUUUGCCACUGUGUCGCUCAGUGCUGUCUCAGACCAGUCAAACACGCCUGACUGGCUGCUCCACUUUGGUGGCGAAACGGGCAUUCACACUCUGUGAAGUCACCGCGUCCUCUCAGAGGUCGGGUUACCACACCUCUACAGUGUUUUUCACUAAGGUGUCGGGCAAGACAGAAGCCAUAUUUGCAGCGUGCUGCGCAGCCCUGUGGUUUUGUCACUGUGGAGAAGAUGUUUUGAAACGCCCAUAAGGCUUCCGAACAUCAGCGGCGCAUCUCUUAUCAGAAAUGGCAUGCAUGUGAGUCAUCCAAGAAGAGAUUGUGGUGACACAUGGUAUACCUGUUCAUCCGCCUGAGCUCUAGGGACACGGACCUGUUUGGAAUACAUUCACAGUAAUACAGACACGAUGGCUUACCUGUACCGGAGGAUGAGGUGUGACAGCAAGGAGGUGUCCAUUAUUUGACAAAUCUGUUUUAAUAUGCAGUAUACUAUCUCUAAAUAAACCUUUUUCUCCCCCUUUUUGAAUGUCAGUUUUACCAAAUAUCUAAAAAAAUGUACUGGAUUUACAAGUGUUCCAAGAGUUCUCACAGACAAAAGCAACCACACAGCCCGAUGCGACAUAUUUGUUACCCCAAGGUGAUAGUUUUGUGUUAUUCUCUGGGACCAUUGGCAUGGGUCAUCUAGUGUGCAAGCACCACUGCAUUUGCCUUAGCUAUCACCUCUCAUCUGAGGCCUUUCCAGUCUUUGAUAGGAUUAAACGUUUGUUAAACAACAGGACUGGAUCUGCAUUAUCAUUAUUCAGUUGACAUUAUUUGAUUUUCAACAAGAACAUCUCUAUUUAAAAAAGAAAUGAAAGUUCAUUGUAUGUGAGGGGGAAAAAAUCAGUUUUGUCAGCAGGGCUGUUUGUUUCCUGUGGAAAUGGGGAGCAAGAUGGUUUUGUGUUUGUACAGAGAUGGCGCAUUGCUGUAACCUAACCCCACCCAGCUCUGCUUGCAUGGCAAAUGGAUGGCAGCCUUGGGUAAAAUGAUUCAGCAGUUUCUAAAGGCAUGACGAGAGGUUUCCCAGCUGGAUGGUGUACACAGCUUAUUUAUAGAUUUAACAUUUUUCGGAGGAAAUGGAGAUGAUAAAUGCUACAGAGCUGUGAUCUUCUCAAUAACUUUUCUAUGUUGGACUGUUCUGUCACUCUCUCUCUUGGGACACAAAAUUGUA